UUCCUGCAGCCUUCAACGCAACACAAGUGUACCUAUUUUUCUGAACACAACCCCCAAACAUGGCGAGUUUUCGUCGUUUCGUGCAAGGGCUGAACAACUUUAACGCUCUUUAUUCCUUAUUGCACCCACUGUGAUCUCGCUCUCGCCCGUGGGGACUACUUUUUUUUUUGCACACGCAGGGAUGGCCGCUGCCAGGCUGGACUAUGUUGCACCGUGGUGGACGUACUGGCUGCACAAUUUCCCCCACUACAACUUCUUGUUGCAGCCCGUGGACAAGACUUUCACGCCGGAGCAGCAAGACUACCAGCAGUCUGUGGUGGUUCUAGCUUGCGUAGGAGCGGUGGGCCUCAGCGUGAGUCUGUCGGUCUUGACCAUCUACCUGGUGUGCCUGUGUUGCUGCCGUAGGGACGUGGACGAGGACACCAAAAGGCCCGAAAGGAGCUGCUGCGUGACCUGGACGACUGUCGUCACGGGUCUUAUCAUAUGUUCAGCCGUAGGGGUGGGUUUCUAUGGAAACAGCGAGACCAACGAUGGCGUGUACCAGUUGACCUACUCGCUCUACAACGCCAAUCGCACGUUGGGUCGCAUCGACAGCCUGGCCGUUGGCUCUAUCGGCAAUGUGCAGACGGGUCUCAGGCAGCACCUAGAACGUCUGGAUGAGAUCUUUGCCGGAAGACCCGACUACCUGCAGGCUCUGCGCUUCAUGCAGCUGAUGGUCGCCAACGUCAUCCGGGAGAUGGGCGCCCUGCCGGACAUCAGCAAAGCCAACGUUGCCUUGGCGCUCAUCGCGGACCAGACAGCCUCCGUUGAGUAUUUCAGAUGGUUGACCUAUCUGCUCCUGCUGAUCUUGGAUCUGCUCAUAUGUUUGGCCCUGUGCUUGGGGAUGGUCAAGCAAUCUCGAUGGCUGCUCGUCAUAAUAAUAGUCUUCGUGGCGCUGUCUGUGGUCCUGAGCUGGGCCUCACUGGGAGCCGUCACGGCAACAGCUGUGGGCACCAGCGACUUCUGCGUGUCUCCUGACAAGUUUAUCGUCAACCAAACCAAAAAUUUCCUGACUGCAGACGUCGCACAUUACUAUCUGUUCUGCAGUUCCAAUCUGCCCAAUCCUUUCCAACAGUCUUUGACAAUCUGCCAGCGCUCCGUGACCACCAUGCAGAUCCAGAUCCAGGGACUGCUGCAGUUCUCAGUGCCGGUCUUCCCCACCGCCGAGAGGGACCUUUUAGGCAUCCAGCGCCUGUUGAACACCAGCGAGUUUAAUCUCCACCAGUUGACAGCCUUGCUCGAUUGUCACGGCCUGCACAAGGACUACCUUGACGCCCUAAUGGGUGUGUGCUAUGAUGGCGUAGAAGGUCUCCUCUACCUGGCUUUGUUCUCUCUGCUGGCCGCGUGUGCACUCUCCACCAUGCUGUGUGCUAUUUUCCGAGUAUGGACACUAAUGGGCAGCAGAGACAAAGAGUACGACGACAUCGAUGAAGAGGACCCCUUCAACCCUCAAGCGCGACGCAUGUCCGACAACCCGAGAAGGUCCAACGUCCACAGUUUCUGCAGCUACGCCAGCAGUGUUGACAGCCAGGCCAGCCUCCAUCCUCCUCCUCCUCAGUCUGCAGCCAACGUGUUGCCUCCACCAGAAUACAUGAAUCAGUCCAUGCUGUUUGGAGGGAGCCCUCGCUACGAGAAUGUUCCGUUGAUCGGGAGAGGAUCCCCGCCGCCCUCGUACUCGCCCGGUAUGAGGACCACCUAUCUGUCUAUGACUGAAGCGCAGAGCAGACACUUUGGGACCGACUUCCAAGUGUAGUCGCAUGGACACAAAGACAGUAGGAAGAACGUUUUUAUGCUUUUAAUCCUAUUUACUGAGCCUGCACUUGGCGUGCCACAGGAGGCAAUUACCUCAGUAGCACACACACACACACACACACACACG